ACUAGUCAACUAAAUGUGCGCUUGGUGUGACUGGCUGUUCGGCAGGUAGGCUAACGUUAGAUGCUAUGACGAUCAGCGCUCAGUUUUGCUGUUGGCCACAUCGGCUUCUCCUGUAAUGUCCCGUCAGUGUAUUGUACUGUAUUGCUGAUAGUAAACAGUUUUGUUGACAUAAUGCUAACUAGCUCUCAAUGUGAAAGCUAGCCUUGUACCAAGACUGUUUACCCAUAUAGCUAGACUGUGUUAACUUGCUGGCAGCCUAACGUAAAUUUCUCGGAAGGACCUAAGUCUAAGAAUAACGCAGAUCGUCAGGGGUUAAGUUGCCUCUGUUUUGUAUUCCCUACUGUACUGGACAGCGAAAUUGCUAGGGCUAGCGAGCUAAGCAAAACAAAAGCUCCUGCAGUCCUGAAAAUCAACUGCACAAAAAAGAACAAUAACCUCGGUCUGUUAGCCAUGUGCGGUAGCUCGACAGACUGCAUUAAACAAUCAGAGGAAACAUGCGUGUUCAAGUGCUCGUUGUCGCGGGAGACGGAGUGCAGCCGUGUGGGGAAGCAGUCCUUCAUCAUCACCCUGGGCUGCAACAGCGUCCUCCUGCAGUUCUCCUCUCCUGCAGAUUUCUCCUCCUUCUAUAACAUCCUGAAGAACUGCCGCGGCCACAGCUCGGAGAGAUCAGUGUUCAGCGAGAGGACAGAGGAGUCCUCUGCUGUCCAGUACUUCCAGUUCUAUGGCUACCUCUCCCAGCAGCAAAACAUGAUGCAGGACUACGUGCGGACUGGAACAUAUCAGCGAGCCAUUCUCCAGAACCACACUGACUUUAAGGACAAGGUGGUGCUGGAUGUGGGCUGUGGCUCGGGGAUCCUCUCCUUUUUCGCGGCUCAGGCGGGGGCCAGGAAGGUGUACGCGGUGGAGGCCAGCACCAUGGCGCAGCACGCCGAGGUCCUGGUCAACAGCAACGGGCUGAAGGACCGGGUGGAGGUCAUCCCCGGCAAGGUGGAGGAGGUGUCCCUCCCCGAGCAGGUGGACAUCAUCAUCUCCGAGCCCAUGGGCUACAUGCUCUUCAACGAGCGCAUGCUGGAGAGCUACCUGCACGCCAAGAAGUUCCUCAAACCAAACGGUAACCUCUUUCCCACCAUCGGUGACGUGCACCUGGCGCCCUUCACAGACGAGCAGCUCUACAUGGAGCAGUUCACCAAGGCCAACUUCUGGUAUCAGCCGUCCUUCCAUGGUGUGGACCUCUCUGCCCUGCGCGGAGCUGCUGUAGACGAGUAUUUCCGCCAGCCCAUUGUGGACACCUUCGAUAUGCGGAUCCUGAUGGCCAAGUCUGUGAAAUACACCGUCAACUUCCUGGAGGCCAAAGAGGGAGACCUGCACAGGAUAGAGAUCCCAUUCAAGUUCCACAUGCUGCAUUCGGGACUGGUUCAUGGGCUCGCCUUCUGGUUUGAUGUGGCUUUCAUAGGCUCAGCGAUGACCGUGUGGCUCUCCACGGCCCCCACAGAGCCGCUGACCCACUGGUACCAGGUCCGGUGUCUGCUGCAGUCGCCGCUCUUCACCAAGGCUGGGGACACGCUGUCCGGCACCGCCCUGCUCAUCGCCAACAAGAGACAGAGCUACGACAUCAGUAUCGUAACCCAAGUGGACCAGACGGGCUCCAAGUCCAGCAACCUUCUGGAUCUGAAGAACCCCUUCUUCAGGUACACAGGCAGCACCCCUGCCCCCCCAGCAGGCUCACACUACAGCUCCCCCUCCGAAAAUAUGUGGAGUACUGGAGGGGCCUACAGCAUGAACCAGGGCAUGGCUGUGUCAGGAAUGCCUACAGCCUAUGAUCUCAGCACUGUCAUUGGCAGCGGGUCCACUGUCUCUCACAACAACCUCAUCCCCCUCGUGAACACAGGGAUAGUGAACCACACCCACUCCAGAAUGGGCUCCAUCAUGAGCACAGGAAUCGUCCCGGGUGAGUGUGCCCCCCCCCAUCCAGGGGGCCUCGACGGGCCAGUCCGGCCCCAGCAGCAGCAGUCCCCACUACCCAGUCAACAGCCAGUUCACCAUGGGCGGGCCACCCAUCUCCAUGGCGUCCCCUAUGGCCAUCCCUAGCAACACCAUGCAUUAUGGGAGUUAAGACCUUUUUGACCUUUCACCUCUCACUCCCUCAACUGACGGCAGCCAGAAGAAAAACCAAAACCGACUACGUCCCCGUCGCCACCGCCCUCCCCGUCGUGUGCCCUCGUCUUUCGGUCCCUCGAUCGCCCUCGCCGUUCGACCCUGUAGUCCUUAACUCCUCUGCCGUCCCCUCGUUUCUUUUCCAUUCUUAGGCAGGCCACAAGGUGGCAGCACUUCCUUGCUGAUGGACGCGUACCGAAGAGACUGUCGCGUGGCGCAAGAGGAAGCACACACACACGCACGCCGUUCUCUGCUCUCACAGAAUGCUACUGUGCUGUGACUAUAAAACGUGUAACGUGCGCGCACACACACACACACACAUGCGCGCGCGCGCGUGUGCGCACAAGACGUGAAACACAAAGCUGGACUCAAGACGGCGUUCCCGGCUGUUCUGGAAGAGCUGAGGAACGUCUCCCGCUAGCUCUUCCUCGGACUCCCAGCACGGCCUGGUCACCAACGGAUCCUUUCCCUCCUCUGCUGUGAACUUUGACCUUGGCCCUCAACCACCCCCCACCCCCCCCCCCAUUAUUACAUGGAGCAGAGAACUGUGAUCGCGACAGUGAUUAUAAUCCAGCAUUUUCCUCCAUCCCUGGACACCUGACUUGAGAUAGACUGAGUGACACUUGUAUAGUACCUCUUCUCUCCCUAGUGUUUGAUUUUGCCAUGCCAAGUUUACCUCUAGCUUAGCAAAGAAAAAACGAGACUCCUGUCUAAAAACGCACCUCUCGAACUGCCUGUAGAAUCCAGUCUUUUUAUAAUCAAACUGCCUGUUCCCACCAAACCCCACUCUUUCCACUGCCCCCCCACUCAGUGUAGUUGUCUAUUUAGAGCACAAGUUGCUGCAAAUUAAAACAUCUGUGCUUUCUCCUU